AUGGAUUUGCUCUUAGAAGGCGUGGUAAUGCAAACAAUGUUGAUCUCAACAGAGACUUUCCUGACCAAGUACCACCGACAACCUGAAACUAGAGCUAUUAUGAACUGGAUAAAGCAAGAACACUUCACAGCCUCUGCUAGUUUGCAUGGGGGUGCUCUUGUUGCAAAUUAUCCAUGGGAUGGAUCUAGAGAUACAAGAAAACAGUAUUAUGGAUGUCCUGAUGACAAGACAUUCCGGUACAUGGCGUCAGUGUAUAGUCAGUCACACUAUAACAUGUCAUUGAGCAAGGAGUUCGAAGGAGGAAUUACAAAUGGAGCGCUGUGGUAUCCAAUUUAUGGUGGCAUGCAAGACUGGAACUAUAUACACGGAGGCUGCUUUGAGUUAACCCUUGAAAUUAGUGAUGUAAAAUGGCCAAAAGCAUCUGAGCUUCUUGUCAUAUGGAAGCAAAAUAAGUUGAGCAUGCUCAAUCUUGUUGCAAGCCUUGUAAAGACAGGAGUUAAUGGAAGGAUAUUUGCUGCAGAUACUGGCCGUCCUAUACCAGGCUCACUCAUGGUUAAGGGAAUUGAUUCGAAGAUAAAUGCCAGCGGAACUUUUGGCAAUUACCAUCGGAUGCUUGCACCUGGUCAGAGCUAUGAAGUCGUGGCAUCGAUGGAAGGCUUCAGACCAAAAAGAACACAUAUCAUGCUGGGGCGCGAAGCCAUGAAUCUGGACUUCAUCUUGGACCCAUACGGAGCCCUCAAGGGAGCCAAGCCUCUGCGCAAUGACUGCGGCUGCAGUUGCAACGAUGACGGUGGCAGCAACAAGCCGUUCCUCCUCCGGGAAGCUUACCUCUGGCUGUAUCUCCUGGUCCUGUUUUUCCUGCUUGCCCUCUACCUGCUCUUCAGGAGGAGAAUGGCGUCGAGGCUCGUGGCACAGCGCCACCCUCCUCCGAAGCGGCCUGUUGCCGUGUGAGACGAAGCUGUACGUGCUGGUGGGUGUUUGUAGCGUAAUCACAGCCUUUACAAACUGUUGUUCACACGUGGGAUUAGAUUGUGGCCAUAAUGUGCCACGGAAGUUUUGAACAGUUUUUUAGUUGGAGAUAUAUAUGUUUGAGUUAACUGGAUACAUUACAUACAGAGAUAGAGGAAGGAUAGAGUGAAUCAGUGACGCAGGCCGAGUCUCUUAGUUUCUUCAUCUCAUGCUAAUAAAAUUGUUUUACUGUCUGUUUUCUUA